AUGGGCUUCACAACUGGCUUCAUCGGCGGCAUUGCCCUAACAUCCUCAAUCUUCUACAUCUCAUUGAACUUGCACGAGCGAAACCGUUUAUACCAAUCUCACCUCUUGCGCCAGCAAUCAAACGUCUUGCGAAACAUCACAGAUCCCCAGCCCCCAGAGGCACCGCAUACUGCCCGUCAUCUCGUACCUGGUCUGGCCGAUCGUCUGAAGUACCGCUGGAACACUGAGCUGGAAGCUGCCGUGAGAAAGAUUCAACAUUUCAACUGGGAGCAAUGGAGGAGAGAUGCCGAGGACAAGGUGUCUGGUGCCUUCAGCAAGGGCCUGGGUGCUGCUGUUGACGAGGCUGAGAAGAAGACGACCUGA